CCGCACUGACGGCCCAUGGCGCCGCCCGCCGCCCGCCUCGCCCUGCUCUCCGCCGCCGCGCUCACGCUGGCGGCCCGGCCCGCGCCCAGCCCCGGUCUCGGCCCCGGACCCGAGUGUUUCACAGCCAAUGGUGCAGAUUAUAGGGGAACACAGAACUGGACAGCACUGCAAGGCGGGAAGCCAUGUCUGUUCUGGAACGAGACCUUCCAGCAUCCCUACAAUACUCUGAAAUACCCCAACGGCGAGGGCGGCCUGGGUGAGCAUAACUACUGCAGAAACCCAGAUGGAGACGUGAGCCCCUGGUGCUAUGUGGCAGAGCAUGAGGACGGCGUCUACUGGAAGUACUGCGAGAUCCCCGCUUGCCAGAUGCCUGGAAACCUUGGCUGCUACAAGGAUCAUGGGAACCCACCUCCUCUGACUGGCACCAGUAAAACUUCCAACAAGCUUACCAUCCAGACUUGCAUCAGCUUUUGUCGGAGUCAGAGGUUCAAGUUUGCCGGGAUGGAGUCAGGCUACGCUUGCUUCUGUGGAAACGAUCCCGACUACUGGAAGUACGGGGAGGCAGCCAGCACCGAGUGCAACAGCGUCUGCUUCGGGGAUCACACCCAGCCCUGCGGUGGCGACGGCAGGAUCAUCCUCUUUGACACCCGCGUCGGCGCCUGCGGUGGGAAUUACUCAGCCAUGACUUCCAUCAUCUACUCGCCUGACUUUCCGGACAGCUAUGCCACGGGCCGGGUCUGCUACUGGACCAUCCGAGUGCCGGGAGCCUCCCACGUGCACUUCAACUUCACCUUGUUCGACAUCAGGGAUUCUGCAGACAUGGUGGAGCUGCUGGACGGCUACACCCACCGUGUCCUGGUCCGUUUCAGCGGGAGGCACCGCCCCCCUUCGUCCUUCAAUGUCUCCCUGGACUUCAUCAUUCUGUAUUUCUUCUCUGAUCGCAUCAAUCAGGCCCAGGGGUUUGCUGUCUUAUACCAAGCUGUCAAGGAAGAACCACCGCAGGAGAGGCCCACUGUCAACCAGACGGUGGCCGAGGUGAUCACAGAGCAGGCCAACCUCAGCGUCAGCGCCGCCCGGUCCUCCAAAGUCCUCUACGUCAUCACCACCAGCCCCAGCCACCCGCCUCAGACUGUCCCAGGUAGCAACUCCUGGGCAUCAUCUGUGGGGGUUGGAAGCCACCGAGCUGAAGGGUGGACAGUGUAUGGCCUAGCAACUCUCCUCAUCCUCACAGUCACAGCCAUUGUAGCAAAGAUACUUCUGCACGUCACAUUCAAAUCCCACCGUGUUCCUGCGUCCGGGGACCUGAGGGACUGCCGUCAGCCAGGGACUCCAGGGGAGAUCUGGAGCAUUUUCUACAAGCCGUCUACGUCGAUUUCCAUCUUCAAGAAGAAGCUCAAGGGUCAGAGCCAGCAAGAUGACCGUAAUCCCCUUGUGAGUGACUAAAACCCCAACGUGCCUAGGACGUGGGGGCUCAAGGCUGCUGGGGGCGACCUCUCCGCGCUCCUCGGACCGACCCUUCCCUGCCGCUCCCUCCCCCUUGGCCUCUCCUGGGAUGCUCUCCUACAGACCAGGAAUGGGUGCUGCGCUGCAGGGGCAGCCCAGGCCUGGAUUCCUCCUGCUGCACCAGCAGGAGAGAGACUCGAGGCCCGGCGCCCGGCCCUCCCUGCGUCCCUCUCCCUGAUCUGACAGUGGGGGUGUCAGCGCAGCGGGGCCAAGGAGACGCAGGUAGCCGUGGCUGGCCCUGGCUCAGGGUGGUGGGUAGGGUUAGCACGCGUUAAGGUUCCUCGAUUCUCUGUUGUACCACACACGGAUCGGUUUCUCCUAGGAGAAUUCUCAGGUUCUUUUGAGGGCUGGCUGGUCCUGCACACGUGUGGACUCCUGGGCGUUAGCACCCGCAGGAGUGAGGAGAGCCAGUGCUCUGUGCUGGCCCUGGCGCUUUGCUCUGUGGGUACUGGCCUGGGAUAUGCCUCCUCCAACACGGAGGGCCUGAGAAGCGGGUCUCGGAGCCCCUCAUGUCAAACCUUUCACAUACGGGCUGCAGAGCAGCUUCAAGAGUGCUCACGGAGAACAUGGGGCAUGCCCUGCUGGGGGCCGUGAGGGGCACUUGGUGCCCGCGUGUGGGAUUGGGGUUGCCUGGCCUCAGCCCCAGCCGCUCAAGAUCGUGUGGAGCGCGAGCCAGCCCUGGUCUGCCCAUGUUCUCUCAGCUGACUCCCCGUUCAGAACAGGGAGGGUAACUGUGGUGUGGCCUCUGGGCAGCGCUGCUGAGACGUGGGGCCUGCCACCCCGCUUUGGGUGUCUCCCAUUUUAGAAGAAGAUGAAAAAAACACCGAGAGUUGUGCCCUGCACUCAGUGGGCACAGAACGGCACUGGGAAUGGCUCAGAGGGGGAAGGAGGGGGCUCUUGUCCACGCCCACACCACCGUGUCCCCCACACAAGGGGGAGAACUGCAGAGCUGGGUGUGUGGAAGAGAGGGCUUGGGCACCGGAGAUCAGGCAGGGAGAGGCCCUGAGAUUGAGAGCUGCAGCUGCACGGCUCGGCCGUGUGUAACAGGAGGCCCCGCUUUCUGCAGGCAGGCUUUGUCCACAGCAGCUGGGCAGGGCAGCCUGCGCCCCUGAGGGCUGGGCCCAGGCUUUUAUCAGAGCCUGCUUUUCCCACAGGCACUUGGCCCUGGUGGUGGUUCUGCCUUUGGCCUCUGGCUCCUCCCCCCACUUGGAGCGCUUUGCUUACCUCUCCCAGGUCCCUAAGCCAGUGCCUGCUGCAGCCCUUCCUGAGGUUCUGGCCGCCAGUCUGUGCAGGUGCUCCUGGGAGGGCAGUGAGGAGGUGCCUGCAGGGACAGGUGGCACUCAGCUCCCCGGGUCCUCUCCCAGUGAGAGGCGCUGGGAGGCAGCAGGGGCGUCCAGAGGAGGGAAGCAGGGCGGUAUGUCCACAGGGGGGCGGGGGCGCUGGCCCAGGCGCCGUGCGAGGCCUGCUGAGAGUCUGGAGCUGCUCAAUGCUGUCUUCAUGCUUUGAUCUGGAGCAGCUGGCCACUGGCCGCUGGGCCCGUCACACGUGAGGUCCCCUGGAAACAGACCGACAUGUGCAGUCUCCCCUCCGGGCUGGUCGGGGCUUUUGUGGAAUCUCCUCCUCUCAAAGGCAAGCGUCAGGUGCGUGCCGUCACAGAGGGCCCCGUGCCUUGGGUAGAUGUCUGUGUGGCACAAAGGGAAUGUGGAACUUGGCCCCAGGGAGGGCGUGCCUGGCUGAGGAGCAGUUGUUCAGCUGCCCUGGCCGGUGCCGAGUGCUGGCCCUGGGACUUCCUGCAGGCCCACCCUGCCCUCCCCACGUCUCAGGUCCCCGGAGGCCAAGCCCAAGGUGUGUGUCAUCUGAGUAGCAGCUGGAGCAUCCCUUUCUCAGAGCCCAGGAAGGGCUGGUGCCGCCCCCGUGCUGGCCCUCCUGGUGACCCAGGCACAGCCCAGCACCUCAGAUCAACUUACUAUCCAGGGAGCUGCCUCGGGACAACAUGGGAGGACAAGGGCCAUAAAUCGUCCCCGCCCAAACCUAGUCUGGCCCCAGUUAGGGCCUGUCAGCAGCGCCCCACACAGGGCCGCUUGUGGCUAAGGAAGCACCUGACAGAUGAAUUAUCCCAGGAGAGCUGAGGUGAGCUUUGAGGAGAAGGCACUUGAUCUUGUAAGACUCGCCUUUAGAAGAGAGAACGGGUUGGAGGUUAGGAGAAGGGUGACCCAGAGGAGAGUCGAUGAAAGAACAGAGCAGGGAGGUGCUCUGAGGCCUUCCUCGGGGGGCGGCAGGCACCCAGGCCCUGCCUUCUCGCCUGCAUACCCACAGAAGGGCCCUCGCCCGCCCAUCUUGUCACCUCCCAUGGUGACUGUGCCUGGGGAACACCUCACGGCGUCCUCGGUCCCUCUGACAAGGCAGGCAAGAGGUACACGGUGCCGCACGCUCACCCGGCUCGUCCUGUUGUUCGCGAGGCAGAGGACGCGCGGCGGUGAGCCCCGGGGCUGGCUGCCACACCGGGGCAGGGGUGAAGCCUCUCUGGGUGUGAAUGAGGCCCCUGAGAUGUUCUGCCAUCUCAUUGUGGGCUCCGGCUCAAGAUGCCAAUCGGCCUGAAGCCCACAAAGAGCAAAGCACUAGCAAGUACCGCUGUCCUGGCCCUCAGGCCGCCCACCCUUGUUGACAGUCGGCCUGACCAGAUCCAGGACCCUGCCCGCUCAGCACCAGCAGGCUCCCAGGCCGUCCCCCACCCCGUGCGUCCUGGGCACCAUGCACUUAAGCUUCACCAGCACUUACAGGUGGCGGCCUCUGAGGUCCCACCUUCCUGUCUGCUGAGGCCACGCCAGGUCUCCACCGCGCCCCAGCCCAGGGAACUGGGUUUCCGAUCUCCUGUUUGGUGUUGGAUGUCUGCUUUCCUUACUACCUUGGGAAUUCAUAACCUUUUGCUCUCCUCUGGUGUCUCUGUUUACCUUCCUCGCUGUUCUACCUCCUGGCCAGGCGUCAGCUCAGCUGCCCUGGUGUGGGGUGUUCCUCAACCUUCCAGCAGCAGCUGACUCCCCUCAGCUGGAUGCUCGGGGUGACGGGGCUUCACCCCGCCUGCAGCCCCCGCGGGCCUGUCUCACGGGCGGGCGUCUGUCUUGCUGAGGUGAGCAUGCUCCACGAGGCAGAAGUGGGUGUGGAGGGAGGUCGGAGGUCCGACUCCUGCUCCAGGAUGGAAGCGUCUAGAAGCACGGGCUGGAGGCGCUUUCCUGCCCGUGUGAGGAGCUGCCCGCAGCAUGGAGACAGCCCCGCCUCCAAGUGCGCCUCCCAGCAGGGGCUUUGACUUUGGAUGACAAGGCUUUACGUGUAAAUAUGCUCUUAAUAUGCAACUUUGAGAAUAAAAUAGAAACAUCAUGUAUUUUAAGCUAUAAGAUGAAGUGUGACGCACUGUAUACAAUUUAAUAUAUAUUUUUAGGAUUUUUGUUAUUUAAGAAAAUGGAAUGUAAUGGUACUUAACUUUUACAAAAGAAAGAAAAAUGUUAUUUUUACUGUCUGGAGAAAAUAAAUCUUCUCGUUGUUGUAGACACGGUGA